GAACGGAAUCGGUCGCGAGGAUCGAUGUCCAUGAUGCGGGGCGUGUUCGGCGGGCGGUCGCUCUUGCCGCCGCUGCUGCUGCUGAUGCCACUGCUCUUUAAAUACCAGGUUCAAGCAGCAGCAGCCUCAUCAGCAGCAGCAGGAGAAUCAGCAGUCGCAGCGUCAUCAUCAUCAGCAGCCUUUAUCGCAGCAGUUACAACAAGAUCAUCAUCAGCAGCAGUAUCAUCAGCAGCACCACCACCACCACCAUCGUCAGCAAUGGACGCAGUGACGGAAGCCAACACGGAGUUCGCCUUGGACCUCUUCAAGGCGCUGGGCGCCGCAGCCGCCGGCAGUGGUGAGGAGAGGAACGUCUUCUUCAGCCCCGCCAGCGUGUCUGCAGCUCUCGCCAUGCUGCUCAUGGGCGCCAAGGAGGAGACGGCGGCGCAGAUGAGCAAGUCGCUGCACCUUGACGGAGUGGAGGACGUGCACGGGGCCUACCAGUCGCUGCUGGGCGCCUUCAGCUCCACCACGCAGGGCAGCGUGCUGCGCAUGGCCAACCGCCUGUACGGCGAGAAGGGGUACAACUUUCUGCAGGACUUCCUGGACUCCUCCGCCAAGUUCUACCAAGCCGAGCUGGCGGCUGUCAACUUCAAGGGGGCGUUUGAAGAGGCGCGCAAGGAGAUCAACGCGUGGGUCGAGGGUCAAACGGAAGGUAAGAUCCAGGACCUCCUGGCGUCGGGAGUGGUGAACUCCCUGACCAGGCUCGUCCUCGUCAAUGCCGUCUAUUUCAAGGGGAGCUGGGACGCCAAGUUCGACCCCGAAGUCACGAGGGACGCGGAGUUUAAAAUUAACAAGAAUGAGAAAAAGCCCGUGAAGAUGAUGUACAAAAAGGCCAAGUAUAAUUUUUCUCACGUGGAAGAGUUGAACGUCAACAUUGUCGAGUUGCCCUACGAGGGACAUAAACUGAGCAUGGUGAUCCUGGUGCCUCUGGCCAUCGAGGAUGAGACAACUGGACUUGAGAAGCUGGAGUCAGCGCUGACCCUCAAAUCCCUGAGGCAGUGGACCUCGCCCGAGAACAUGAGCAAGCUGGAGGUGGAGCUGCACCUGCCGCACUUCCGCCUCGAGAAGUCCUACACGCUCAACGAGCACCUGCAGCGCCUGGGCAUGGCCUCGGUCUUCACGCAGGGGGAGGCCGACUUCUCGGGCAUCAACGGGGCGCGGGACCUUUACGUGUCGCACGUAGCCCACAAGGCCUUCGUGGAGGUCAACGAGGAGGGCACGGAGGCCGCGGCGGCCACCGCGGCGAUCGUGAUGAUGCGCUGCGCCAGGAUGGGCCCCGUCGUCCGCGCGGAUCACCCGUUCAUUUUCUUCAUCCGCGAGAACAGCAGUGGCAGUGUGCUCUUCCUGGGUCGCUUUGCGUCCCCGUGAAAUUGCGUUCGUCAUUGAUGCACGGUGGGGGAUGAGUUCCUGAUUUUAAGGAUUUAUACCCUGUUCUCCCCCCCCGCCCCCCUGGAGAAAUCUGCAAAUCAGGCCCAGAAACGAAAUGUUGAAUGAUCUAAAUUGAUGGGUGUUUUGAAUUGAUCAGAAAAAUGAUGACGCUGGAGAAAGUUGCAUCACAAUUUAGGUAACUUCUUUGCCCAUCAGAAAUUGUCACGUGGCAUCAGGUGAUCUAUGUAAUUGGGAAACAUCCCGAAUUACAUAGGUAUCAGCAAUGUGACACUUCACUGUCCCCCCAGACAUUUGGCAGUCGUCAUGAUUUGGGGGGGUGUACAAGUUGAUAUUCGACUCUCUCCGGCUCAUUGACCAUCUCGUUUGAAUGUUUGAUCUUGUGACUACGGUUUUGAUCUCUCGAUAACUCCUAGAUGUAAACAGCAUGGCAGGAAAUGGUGAAAAUGCAGCCCCGCUUGUUACGAUUGCUUAUUUGUGCCAAUGCGGUAAAAAAGGACCUACAUUAGAGGGAGCUAUAAAGAAACCCCUUUAGAGGAUGUAUUGCCGACUAUUCCUCACUACCCAAGACGCCUUGGAAGAGGUGGGAGUGCCCAUAAUUUUAACACGACCGAAUUGCAGACGCAAAAUUUCAAAGCAUUGUGAGCGCAAUAAUCACAUGUAGGUGGGUAAAUCGAUGCAACCUGUGCUUUUUUACAUGCCUAUUCAAAAGGACAGGUAAAUAAAUCCGCUCGUGCAUGUGAAAGCCGACUGCCUUAAUAAUUUCCUGUUAUUUUUUGUGCCUGAAAAAAAAUCCGAAUCUGUGUAAUUAAUGUAGCUCUCCGAUUUGUUAUUGGGUUUUGCUUGGUGGAGUGAAACGUCGGACGUCGUUACCGAACAACGCGCAGCACGGCGCGAGAACGCAUUGGAGAGCUACGCAGCUUCCGUGAAAAAACCCGACAGCAGUGUCCUACGCAAUUUAUUUGUAAUUGUUUGUUGCUUUAAAACGUCGUGAGCAGAAGGGAAGGCCUCUCUGCAUCGUGAAUUUACUGACAAAUGUAUUGCGCUGUAAUGAAAUAGAGAUUGUGAUUUAAUUGGCCAAUGAUAGGUGUUGAUAUUUUUGAAGCUUUGAACAAAUAUAUAUCACGCUGUCUGGUUUCAUUAUGAAAAUAAAAUAUUCAGUAAUUUGC